GAGCGUCCGUGCCCUCGGCCAUGGCGGCGGCCGCGCUGCUGCUGGGCCUGGCGCUCCUGGCGCCGCGGGCGGCCGGCGCGGGCGCGGGCUCGGGCGCGUGUUACGACGGCGCGGGGCGCCCGCAGCGCUGCCUGCCGGUGUUCGAGAACGCGGCGUUCGGCCGGCGCGCCGAGGCCUCGCACACGUGCGGCCGCCCGCCCGAGGACUUCUGCCCGCACGUGGGCGCGCCGGGCGCGGGGGCGCAGUGCCAGCGCUGCGACGCCGCCGACCCCCGGCGCCACCACAACGCCUCCUACCUCACCGACUUCCACAGCCAGGACGACAGCACCUGGUGGCAGAGCCCGUCCAUGGCCUUCGGCGUACAGCACCCCACCUCGGUCAACAUCACCCUUCGCCUGGGGAAAGCUUACGAGAUCACCUACGUGAGGCUGAAGUUCCACACCAGUCGCCCCGAGAGCUUUGCCAUCUAUAAGCGCACCCACACGGGCAGCCCGUGGGAGCCUUACCAGUACUAUAGCGCCUCCUGCCAGAGGACGUACGGCACGCCCGAGGGUCACUACCUGCGCCCCGGUGAGGACGAGAGCGUGGCCUUCUGCACCUCCGAGUUCAGCGACAUCUCCCCGCUGAGCGGGGGCAACGUGGCCUUCUCCACCCUGGAGGGCCGGCCCAGCGCUUACAACUUCGAGGAGAGCCCCGUGUUGCAGGAGUGGGUCACCAGCACUGAGCUCCUCAUCUCUCUGGACCGGCUCAACACGUUUGGGGACGACAUCUUCAAGGACCCCAGGGUGCUGCAGUCCUACUACUAUGCCGUAUCUGACUUCUCCGUGGGUGGCAGGUGCAAGUGCAAUGGACACGCCAGCGAGUGUGGACCCGAGGGGACUGGCCGGCUGGCUUGCCGCUGCCAGCACAACACCACGGGCACCGACUGCGAGCGCUGCCUGCCCUUCUUCCAGGACCGCCCGUGGGCCCGGGGCACCGCCGAGGCCGCCAACGAGUGUGUGCCCUGCAACUGCAGCGGCCGCUCUGAGGAGUGCGUGUUCGACCGGGAGCUCUUCCGCAGUACGGGCCACGGCGGGCGCUGCCUCCGCUGCCGGGACCACACGGCCGGGCCACACUGCGAGCGCUGCCAGGAGGGCUUCUAUCGCUGGAGCCCCCGGACGCCGUGCCAGCCCUGCGACUGCCACCCGGCAGGCUCCCUGCGUCUCCAGUGCGAUGACUUGGGCGCCUGCGCCUGCAAGCCCACCGUCACGGGCUGGAAGUGUGACCGCUGCCUGCCCGGGUUCCACUCACUCAGUGAGGGAGGCUGCAGACCCUGCUUCUGCAGCCCUGCCGGCAGCCUGGGCACCUGCGACCCGCGCAGUGGACGCUGCCCCUGCAAGGAGAACGUGGAAGGCAAGCAGUGUGACAGAUGCCGUCCAGGGACGUUCAACCUGCAGCCCCAUAACCCAGCCGGCUGCAGCAGCUGCUUCUGCUACGGGCACUCCAAGGUGUGCGCGGCCGCUGCCCAGUUUCAGGAGCACCACAUCCUCUCCGACCUCCGCCAGGGAGCCGAGGGCUGGCGGGCCGCAAGCGUGGGGGGCCCAGAGCAUCCUGCGCGUUGGAGCCCCAGGGGACUCCUCCUGAAUCGAGAUGAUGAGGAGGAGCUCACACUACCAGAGAUGUUCCUGGGAGACCAGCGGUUCAGCUAUGGACAGCCCGUCACACUGACCUUCUGGGUCCCCUCUGGGGGCACCCCACUCCCCGUGCAGCUGAGGCUGGAAGGGGCGGGCCUGGCCCUGACUCUACGACACUCCAGCCUGUCGGGCCCCCAGGAUGCUGGGCAGCCAGGGGAGGCACAGCUCACGUUCCUGUUGCAGGAGACCUCUGAGGACGCGGACCCUCCGCUGCCCACCUUCCACUUCCAGCAGCUGCUCGCCAAUCUGACCGCUUGGCGCAUCCGGGCCGGCGGCCAGAGCGCAAGCCCUCCGGGCCGGGUGUACCUGACUGAGGUCCGGCUCACGUCAGCCCAGCGGGGACUCUCCCCGCCAGCCUCCUGGGUCGAGACUUGCUCAUGUCCCACGGGGUACGCAGGCCAGUUCUGUGAAUCCUGUGCUCCAGGAUACAAGAGGGAGACACCACUGGGGGGUCCCUAUACCAGCUGUGUCCCCUGCACCUGCAACCAGCAUGGCACCUGUGACCCCCACACAGGGAUCUGCUUGUGCGGCCACCACACCGAGGGCCCUUCCUGUGAGCGCUGUUUGCCGGGUUUCUAUGGCAACCCCUUCGCAGGCCACGCCGACGACUGUCAGCCUUGUCCGUGCCCCGGACAAUCGGCCUGCACUGCCAUCCCAGAGACAGGGGAGGUGGUGUGUACCCACUGCCCCCCAGGCCAGAGAGGGCGACGCUGUGAGAUCUGUGAUGAUGGCUAUUUUGGGGACCCUCUGGGGCUCUCUGGAGCCCCCCAGCCCUGCCGCCGGUGCCAGUGCAGUGGGAACGUAGACCCCAACGCCGUGGGCAACUGUGACCCCCAGUCUGGCCGCUGCCUGCGUUGCCUGCACAACACGACAGGCGCCCGCUGCGAGCGCUGUGCGGAAGGCUUCUACGGGAGCGCCCUGGCCCCUCGGCCUGCAGACAAGUGCACGCCCUGUGGUUGCAACCCGGGGGGCUCGGUCAGUGAGCAGACACCCUGCGACCCGGUGACCGGCCGGUGCACCUGCCUGCCUCACGUGACGGGACGGGACUGUAGCCGCUGCAGCCCCGGCUUCUAUGGCCUCCAGCCCGGGAGGGGCUGCCGGAGCUGCAAGUGUCACCCGCUGGGCUCCCAGGAGGAUCGGUGUCACCCCACGACUGGGCAGUGCCCCUGUCGCCCAGGCGUUGAGGGCCAGGCCUGCUACAGAUGCCAGCUGGGUUUCUUCGGCUUCUCCAUCAAGGGCUGCCGAGCCUGCAGGUGCUCCCCGUCGGGGGCCGCCGAGGCGCAGUGCCACAAGAACGGCACGUGCGUGUGCAGGCCCGGCUUCGUGGGCUACAAGUGUGACCGCUGCCGGGAAAACUUCUUCCUCACGGCCGGCGGCACCCACUGUCAGGAGUGCCCGUCCUGCUACGCCCUGGUGAAGGAGGAGGCUUCCAAGCUGAAGGCCAGGCUGACCCUGAUGGAGGGGUGGCUGCAGAGGUCUGACUGUAGUGAGCCCUGGGGACCCCUGCACAUUCUGCAGGGAGAGGCCCCACGGGGGGACAUCUACCAGGGACAUCUGCUGCAAGGAGCCCGGGAAGACUUCCUGGAGCAGGUGACAGGCCUUGAAGGUGCGGUGAAGGCUGCCCGGGAGCAGCUGCGGACACUGAGCAAGGGUGCCCACUGUGGCCAGGCUGGAACAGAGAAGACCUGCUUCCAGCUGGCAGACCUAGAUGCAGCACUGGAGUCCUCGGAAGAGGAGAUUCUGCAGGCGGCCAUCAUCCUCAGAUCUCUGGUGAUUCCUCAGGAAGGGUCCAGCCAGCCCACCACCUGGAGCCACCUGGCCACCGAGGCCCAUGCCCUCGCCAGGAGCCACAGGGACACCACUGCCAAGAUUGAGGCCACUGCGCGGAGGGCCCUGGUCGCCUCCAACACCAGUUAUGCACUUCUCUGGAGUCUGGUGGAGGGCAGAGUGGCCCUGGAGGCCCAGCGGGAACUGGAGGGCAGGUACCAGGAGGUCCAGGCAGCCCAGAAGGCGCUGGGCACGGCUGUGGCAGAGAUGCUGCCUGGAGCUGGGAGGGUGCUGGCCGCCACGCAGCAAGUUGGUGCAGACGCCGUCCUGCGCCCGGCCCCACGGGCUGCCCCUGCAGCACUGAAGUCCCAGGCCGGGGCCCUGGGUCUGAAGGCACAGGCCCUGGAGAAGACGGUUGCUUCUAGAGAGCGUGCGGUCACCGAGGCUGCCCGGGCCCUCCAGGCCACCGCCCAGGCCGAGCUGCGGAAGACGGAGCCCCUCACACAGCUUCGCCAGCAGGCCAGAGCCGCCCUGACGCGGGCUUCCUCAUCCGUCCAGGCCGCCACAGUGACGGUCACGGGAGCCAGGACCCUGCUGGCCGACCUGGAAGGAAUGAAGCGACAGUUUCCUCGGCCCAAGGACCAGGCCGCGCUGGGGAGGAAGGCAGGCACGGUCAGGGGCAGGCUCCUCGCGGACUUGAAAAAGAAGGCCAAGCAGGCGGAGAGGAUGCUGGGGAACGCGGCAUCUGUCUCCUCCAGUGCCAAGAAGAAGGGCCGGGAAGCCGAAAUGUUGGCUAUGGACAGUGCUAAGCUCGCCAGGGCCUUGCUGAGGGACGGGAAGCAGGAGAACCACCGGGCAGGCCGGCUGUCCAGCCAGACGCAGGCGACGCUCCGACGGGCCUCCGGGCAGGUGCUUGCCUUCCAAGCGCGCAGACAGGAGCUGGAGGAAGCUGAGCAGGCGGGUGCCGGGCUGCGGGCCGUGGAGCGGCAGAUCUGGGAGUCACGCAGGACCCUGGAAGAGGACGUCCAGGCCUUGUCGGAGCUACUUGCCAGGCUGGGGUCACUGGACACCCAUCGAGCCCCAGCCCAGGCCCUGAACGAGACCCAGUGGGCACUGGAGCGCCUGAGGCUGCGGCUGAGCCCGCCGGGGGCCCUGCAGGGGAAACUGAGGCUGCUGGAGCAGGAGUCCCAGCAGCAGGAGCUGCAGAUCCAGAGCUUCGAGAACGACCUCGCAGAGAUCCGUGCUGACAAGCAGAACCUGGAGGCCAUUCUGCACAGCCUGCCCCAGAGCUGCGCCAGCUGGCAGUGAGGGUCGCCCUGCCCCCCCCCCCCCCCCGCUGUGGCCCUAGCCCGGGACAGGCGCGCACCCCCCACAGGUGCCGCCGUGCAGGCACCCCCGCCAGCGCCUGCUGCUGUGUCCCCACGCCACGUGAAUCCUCCGAGUCCAUGCCCGCACCCCCUCCAUUCCCGCCAGCGUGAAUGCACAUACAUGGUCCACCCAAGCGGCCCCGGGGUGCCCACGACCAUCGGCGCGCGCUCCCGUGCCAUGAUGCAAAAACACGCACAUCCCGGUGUCGAUAGCGCAUGCGCACACCCGCAGACGCAAUGCACGCACGCAUACGAGUCCCUCUCUCCGUGCACACGUUACCCUCCGUCCGCAGGCGGGUAUUGAGCUCUGGAUGCUGGAGGAGUCGUGUUUGAUACCCUCUGGCAUCGACAUUCUCACUCUUGGCUCCUGGAGGCAAGGGCCAAGGCAGGAUCCGUGCUUGAGAGGCUGAGGGGGGCUGUCCGCAGAGAUCCGGGGGGGGGGGGGGAGGUUCAGCCAAAGCCAGAGUCCCCAGCCCCAGAGCUACCCCUGUCCUGCAGCCCCCCACCGUGCAGCUCAGCACAGCUGAGGGACCAGAUCCUAGGAGGGAGCUCAGCAAUGGAACCUGAGGCCGGGGGACUCCUGGGGCCGUAGGGGCGGGGGGGCAGCCGGCUGGGAGGAUGGCCCACCCCGCUCGCACGGCUGCCCCUGGCUUCGUGGAAUACUUUGUUCUGAGGAGCCUGGGAACCGCAUGCCUGGGCCGCGGGGCACCUUUCAGCCUGUGGCCUGUCCAGACCGCCUGGCCUCAAGGGCCUGAGGGGGGUUCUGGGUCGGGGGGCCUGAGGUCCUGUGGCAGCUCCUCUUUGUAACCCCAUGACCCCAGCUGGCCUUUGACACUGGCCCCACCUGCCACCAGGGAGGCGUCCGCGUGGUGUGGAGGCCUGGUUGCCAUUCUGGUCUGUCCUGCUGGGGAGGCCCCUAUGCCAGCCCCCCCCCCCGCCCCCCAGGGUUCCUGGCAUUUCCUCCCAGAGCUCCGCCGCUUUCCCAGGGCCCUCUUCCGGUAGACGGCGGACCGCGGGCACCGGGACGGGUGCUUCAGGAGGCCCAGCUCUUGCCCCGUGCAGGGGGCACGAGCAGCAGCAUAGACCACUUCUGUUUAAUGUGAAAAUAAAGGACCCCUUUACCA